AUGGACAACCUGGGUUUCAAUCUUGCGAACCCAGGUAACCAGAAAGUCUUUCAGCAGCCUUACAUGUGCUCUGAUUCAGUCUCCUCUGCGUCGUCCUCGUCGUCUUCUUCGGUCUUUUCCUUCGGCUCUUUCUCGUCGCAAAGCUCGGUUUCGUCCGGUUGCGAUGUCGUCUGGGAAAACGUCGCCUCGGACAAUCUAGACGGUAUUACCGAUCAGCUGAAAGAAGGCAGCGCACUAUGCUCGCGUGGAUCCUUUGCGGCUACGGCUGCGGAACAUGCUGUGGCGCCAGAGCUGCGCCAGCACCCGCGCCGCUCCAAGCCAGGCACCGACGCUGCUUACCCGCGAGUGAAACCCUCUCUGGUGCGCCAGUCUGAUCGCAGAGUUAAUUUUGUCGACAAUCUUGUUGACUCUGCGUCGCAGAUCGUCCAGACUGUAUGGCCGCUUUCUGCCGCCGCGUCGAGGAGCGACUCCGCGAUGGGCUGCAAAGGCGUGUUGCCUCUGCGCGGCUUCAUCCAGGAGACGCUUCGCCGCUCUCGAACGAGCUACUCGACGCUCCAGGUCGCUCUAUACUACAUUAUUAUGAUCAGACCUCGACUUCCAAGGCUUGAUUUUACCAUGGAACAGUCGCAGGUUCCGCAGUGCCAACGUGCCAUGCAGUGUGGCAGGCGCAUGUUUCUCGCUGCCCUUAUUUUGGCAUCGAAAUACCUUCAGGAUCGGAACUACUCAGCUCGCGCUUGGAGCAAGAUUUCUGGUCUGAGUACCGAAGAAAUCAAUCAGAAUGAGCUGACUUUCCUCCACGCUGUUGGAUGGAAGUUGCACAUUUCUGAGCCUGUUUUUAAGCGCUGGACUGACAUUGUGUUGAAGUACACGCCCUCGUCCGACAGCGCUUUCAACGGUGAAGGUCUUUCUUGGCGCUCCAUCAUCCCGACUCUGACUCCAGAGCUCGAUAAUCUCGAACUCGGCCCGACUCGGGGCGUUGUCUCGAUCCAGGAUCUCCUUUCGCCCUCCCCUUCGCCUUCUCCAAGCCGAUCUCCCGUUUAUGAGAGUGGAAGUACUGUUAAUGCGCUGACGUCGACUUCGGGUCUCGACGUCCUUUCUAUUGAACCUUCAUCGCCAAUAAUGUUACCGGUCCUUCCCGUUUCCGACCUCUCGAGCCCACAACUGAGCCCGCAGACCAUUCCCAACACUACCCCUGCAGCGGGUGCUGUUCCGAUCCUUCGUGGGCCUUCUAUGUCAUGUGCGAUGCGUCACGCCCAAACGAUUUGUUCCCAGCGUACCAUGCUCGAUCAGCGUUUAUUACCACGCCAGAAUAUGAUGAAAUCGACUUCUUUUGAAUCUUACACUCGUCGCUCUUCCCUGGCUCGCUCGUCUAGUUCCUCUCCGGAGUCUAUGGUAUCUGACGUCCCAUCGUUGACCUCAUCGCGGUCAAGCCGGUCUUCUCGAUCCUCUUCCAUUUCUUCCGUUGCGUCUGGAACGUGUCCGACUUCGCUCCCUCAUUUGGCGAUGCGAACGACGCGUCGGCGCUCCAACAUGAAGGAUACUUGGAAGCCCCCCGUGAUUGUUUCCCCGAUCAACGAAACAGAAUACUCGGAUAUCUACGCCUCCCCUGAGGCCAUGUCCACUACUAGCACUGAUGUUCCAGACAUGUCUAACUUCUCUCUGGCAUCACCCGUGGAUCUGGCAAGAGAAGCUGCCCAGAGCCUCUGUGAUCUGGCUGGUGCUAUUCCCCGAUCUACCCCAUCGUCCGUCAUGCACUCGCCAUUCAGAGUGUCGAAAAAGCGGGGCCGCUUUUGCUCAAAUGACGGUUCUUUACACCACAACGUCCGCCAUCUGGUAGCCUUGAAAAACCGACAGAACGUGGAUGAUGGCAACCUUGUUGCUCGCGACGUACGGGUUGCCGACUCGUUUUUGCUGUCAAAGUGUACAGUCGGCCAGGCGGCCCCAUUGCUGGGACCUCUUGGCUCUCUCAAGACCCCGUUGACGCGGGAGAAUGAGGUCGCGAGGAAACGAACUUGCUGUGGGCGAGAAGCUGCCAGAUUCCUCUGGGGCAUGACCAAUGCAUCGACGGACAAUGUUGUGGAUAUGGUGGAAUAG